CCCAAGAUGGCGUCCAUCAUGGAGGGGCCGCUGAGUAAAUGGACCAACGUGAUGAAAGGCUGGCAGUAUCGCUGGUUCGUGCUGGACUACAACGCGGGGCUGCUCUCCUACUACACGUCCAAGGACAAAAUGAUGAGAGGUUCCCGAAGAGGCUGUGUUAGACUUCGAGGAGCUGUGAUUGGUAUAGACGAUGAGGACGACAGCACCUUCACAAUAACUGUUGAUCAGAAAACCUUCCAUUUCCAGGCUCGUGAUGCUGAUGAGAGAGAGAAGUGGAUUCAGGCCUUAGAAGAGACCAUCCUCCGGCAUACGCUUCAGCUCCAGGGUGUAGAUUCUGGAUUUGUUCCCAGCGUUCAGGACUUUGAUAAGAAACUGACAGAGGCUGAUGCCUAUUUGCAAAUUUUGAUCGAUCAACUAAAGCUCUUUGAUAACAAGCUUCAAAACUGCAAAGAUGAUGAACAGAGAAAGAAAAUUGAAACUCUCAAAGAGACAACAAAUAACAUGGUAGAAUCAAUUAAACACUGCAUUGUGUUGCUGCAGAUUGCUAAAGACCAAAGUAAUGAGGAGAAGCACGCAUAUGGAUUGAUAAGUACCAUCAACCCUGUAGAUGCAAUAUAUCAGCCUAAUCCCUUGGAACCAGUGAUCAGCACAAUGCCUACCCAGACUGUCUUACCUACAGAGUCUGCCCCAUUGUGUAAAUCAGAGCCACGUCCAUCCUCCCUACCUGUCGGACCUGGAGUCACUUCUUUGGGACAUCCUCAGACGCCCACACCCAACAGCACAGGAAGUGGGCAUUCAGCACCUAGUAGCAGUCUGACAUCUCCAAGCCAUGUCAACUUGUCUCCAAGCACAGUCCCAGAAUUUUCUUAUUCUAGCAGUGAAGAUGAAUUCUAUGAUGCCGAUGAAUUCCAUCAAAGCAGCUCAUCCCCAAAGCGCUUCAUAGAUUCCUCGGGAUCGGCCUCCGUCUUGACCCACAGCAGUUCAGGGAACAGUUUAAAACGCCCCGAUACCACGGACUCCCUUAUUUCCUCCAUCUCUAAUGGGAUGAGUGAUGCUGACCUGUUUGACUCCCAUGACGACCGAGAUGACGAUGGGGAGGCCAGCUCCGUGGAAGAGCAUAAGAGCGUCAUUAUGCACCUCUUGUCCCAGGUUAGGCUGGGGAUGGAUCUGACCAAGGUGGUUCUCCCAACAUUUAUUCUCGAAAGAAGAUCACUUUUGGAAAUGUAUGCUGACUUUUUUGCACAUCCAGAUUUGUUUGUAAGCAUCAGUGAUCAGAAGGACCCAAAGGACCGAAUGGUGCAGGUCGUAAGAUGGUACCUCUCUGCCUUCCAUGCAGGAAGGAAAGGGUCUGUGGCUAAAAAGCCUUACAAUCCCAUUUUGGGCGAGAUCUUUCAAUGCCACUGGACGCUGCCCUUGGAAAAUGAAGAGAAUGCGGAGCCGAUGUCGGAAGGCCCUGUGCCCUGGGGCUCCAAAAACUGCGUGACGUUUGUGGCAGAGCAGGUCUCCCAUCACCCGCCCAUUUCAGCUUUUUACGCCGAGUGCUUUAGCAAGCGGAUCCAGUUCAAUGCACACAUAUGGACCAAGUCCAAAUUCUUGGGGAUGUCCAUUGGCGUACACAACAUAGGACAAGGUUGUGUCUCUUGUCUCGAUUAUGACGAGCAUUAUAUUCUCACCUUCCCCAAUGGCUAUGGAAGGUCUAUCCUCACAGUGCCCUGGGUAGAGCUGGGAGGAGAAUGUAGUAUUAACUGCUCCAAGACCGGCUACAGCGCCAACAUCAUCUUCCACACGAAGCCCUUCUAUGGGGGCAAGAAGCACCGAAUCGCAGCUGAAAUUUUCCCUCCAAAUGACAAGAAAUCCUUUUGUUCAAUCGAAGGGGAGUGGAACGGUGUCAUGUAUGCGAAAUACGCAACAGGGGAGAAUACGGUCUUCAUUGAUACCAAGAAGGUGCCUAUAAUCAAGAAGAAAGUGAGGAAGUUGGAAGACCAGGAUGAGUAUGAGUCACGCUGCCUCUGGAAGGAUGUCACUUACAACUUAAAAAUCAGAGACAUUGAUGCAGCCACAGAAGCAAAGCACAGACUGGAAGAGAGACAGAGAGCCGAGGCUCGAGAAAGGAAGGAGAAAGACAUCCAGUGGGAAACGAGGUUAUUCCAUGAAGAUGGAGAGUGUUGGGUCUACGAUGAGCCAUUACUGAAACGCCUCGGAGCCAGCAAGCAUUAACCUUCCCAGGAGUGACAACGGGCAUUUGUGCUGCCUGCCUGGCCAUCUCCGCAUUCUCUCUCGGGGGCUUUGGGGAGAGCCCUCCCUUCUCUUUGCAGUGGUUCCUAUCUCAGGGAUACUGGACUUACUGAUGCAGGUGAACAAUUAAAGCAGGACAAGUUUCCUUUACUAUCUUGGUGGCAGUCACUAGAGCUUGACUUCAGUUUUAAGAAUCCAUUCAAGCUUUGAAGAUGUUUGUAAACACUGGGCUCAAGCUCUGUGUGUGUGUGUGUGUGUGUGUGUGUGUGUGUGUGUGUGUGACACAGUCACACUCUAGUGCCACUGCCAAGGUACAGAACACGUCACACAUACUCUUGGGUUCUAUCUCUAUAUAAAUACAUAUAUAUAUAUAUAUACAUAUAUAUAUAAAUAUACAUAAUGGAAGUCUUCACUCACUAUUCUUUACAUCUGUAAAUAGAGAUUCCUUUGGAUGGACGGUUUAUUAGAAAAUUAUUUAGCAAACUAUAAAAUCAAAUGUUUUAGCAUUUCAUUAUCUCACUCAAAAUGAUUUCUGUAUUUUUAUUUUUAAAUUGAACUAUUGAAUUAUAGCUAACCCUUGGCUAUACUUUAAUUCCACUAUGGGCAGCAUCUUAAGGCUUCAUAAAAUAAUUUUCCAAACCUU